CAAAGGGUAAAUUAUUAAGAUUUUAAAGUGGCAAAUUGGAAACUUCCCCAAAAGCAAAUGGGCCGAGAAUAUUGGGCAGGCCCAUUCACUAUAAGGCCGGCCCAUCUACGUCGUUGUCUCAUCCUAGUUCCUCGGGCGGCUUCCUUCUGAUGCCGUGAGAGCGAAAGCCCGAGCGAGGGCGGCCUCUCCGCUCUUCCCCGCCUCUCCUUGCCUCUUCGUUUCCUUCGCCAUUCGUAUCUUGUGGUCGCGGAGAGAGAGUGAAGGGAAGGAGGGGUCUCCUUACGUCCUCCUCCUCGCUGCCGUGGCAGCCUUGCGAAGCCGUAGAUACGGCCAACAAAAGAGUUGGAAGGAGCUACAACUUGAUGAAUUAUUUGUUAUCUAUUGAGAAAGAAUUGUACUUUCUAGGGCUAUAUUGUUAAAGGAAGUUCUUGUCCAUAUGAACUUAAACAUGCUGACAGUACAUCAAGUUCGAUCAUUUCAGAAUCAUUGGAUAGAUGGAAAUACAAAGACAUAUGUGCCACAUAAUAUGGGCAGCAGCAGCCAACAUACUUAUAACUCAAACAGCAUAAGACCUUUCCAGCAUCCUCUUGAUAUAUCAUGCAUACAAAGAUUUCGGAUGCUUUCGAGCAUAAAGUCUCAUAGGUGUAGAACAAGAAUCAUUCACCACUGUAGGUCCCCAAAUGAAGGAGUCAGGAAAAACUUGCUUUGUCAUUGGGAUAGUAAUGCUUCAUCGGAUCAGGACUAUCGCUCUUCCAGAAACAUCGCCAUAAGUUUGUUCAAGCGGUACCGAAAUGUAAUUGAUCGCGGAAGUGGUGACAACCUUAAAGAAUUCAUCUCUGCUGGAGUGAAUGCAUAUGCUCUUGGCUGUACUGAUGAAGGAUUGAGACAGGAACUUAUAAAUAUCAAAGAUUCUGGUGCUGAGGUUGAGGGACUUCAAACUGAUUAUGGAGGAACCACUGUGAAGUUGGAAAUUGUCACCAAGGAGGUCAAUGAGUGCAUUCUAUGGCUGAGUAUAGUGUUUAUUACUAUCCUGUGCGCACCACCUCCUACAGUAGUCAGAUGGUCAUCUACUCCGCCAGUGUCAGCUGAAACUAUGCAUCAGUGGAAAGGGUUCUGCGCUAUCAUCGCAAAUGCUUACUAUGUGAGGGGAAUGGCAUGGUUACCAGUGAAGACUCUGCAGCUGGAACAAAUGGCCGUGACCGGCAGUGCAGAGGAACCAUCGCUCGUAGCAAGUCGGAUGAGAAUAACAUUCAGCACGUUAGAGGUUGUCAGUCCUCAAUGGCCAAGAGCUUGACAAGGCAAACAUUCUCUUCCGGCUUCGAGUUAUUCCAAGGUGCUAUCUUCAAGCCAUUUCAAAUGCAUCUCCCACUUCUUUGAUUUGUCGAAGUGAAAGAUUUGUUAUACAAAGUUCAUCAGUUAGGCCAUAGAAAUUUCUUAUAUAAAACCCAAAAUCAUAUGCUCAUGAUUCCAAAUGCUAUUGAUCAUGUGGAUGUACAUAAAAGUAGUAGAUAAAGAAGACUUGUAUUUGCAAUGCACAGCCAAAGCUAUCAGUGAUUGUGACCA